AUGUCUCCUCAGGCUCUGGGCACUCUCAGUUCCUCACUUCCCCUGGUCCUUGUCCUCUGCUCCCUUGUUUAUGCAUCUUCAUUAGAUGCUAUAGCACCCCAAAAUGAUUCUAACACCGACCUCCAUGCUCUCCGCUGCCUUAAACUCCAUCUCACGACCUCUGCUGGACUCCUGGCCUCAUGGAAAAAUGACUCGUUGCAGUUCUGCAGUUGGCCCGGUGUUACUUGCAGCAAGAGACACGCAUCUCGUGUCAUUGCACUGGACCUCGAGUCACUUGACCUCGAUGGACAGAUACCACCAUGUAUUGGCAAUCUCACUUUCCUCACAAAAAUCCACAUCCCCAACAAUCAACUUACUGGCCAAAUCCCACCUGAACUUGGGCAACUAAAUAGACUGCGGUACCUUAACCUCAGCACAAACAAUCUUACUGGCACGAUCCUAAGCACUCUGUCUUCAUGCUUUCACCUUCAAAUUAUUGAUCUUGGGAGCAACUCCCUUGAUGGUGUGAUUCCCCCAAGCCUGAGCCAAUGCUCCGAUAUGGAGCAGCUCAGUUUGGGUCACAACAAGCUAAGUGGAGGUAUCCCAGAAGGGUUGGGGAUGCUCCGAAACCUUGCAGUUUUACGUCUUGCUACAAAUAGUCUGACGGGCAGCAUUCCGCGUUCACUUGGAAGCAGCUCUUCUCUUCACUCUGUUGUUCUCACGAACAAUAGCCUCACAGGACCUAUCCCGACUCUCCUAGCUAAUAGUUCAUCACUACAACUUUUGGCCUUAUCAAACAAUCACCUGAGUGGAGAGAUUCCUCCUGCACUGUUUAACAGUACAUCACUUCAAAAGUUAUUACUGGGAACAAAUAGCUUUGCUGGGUCCAUACCAGCCUUGUUGAACAUUGACUCACCCUUGCAGUAUCUUAUCUUGCAAUCAAAUAAUCUUUCUGGCACCAUACCUUCCUCUAUAGGGAACUUUUCCUCCCUUCGAUGGCUCUUGCUUGGAGAUAAUAAUUUCCAGGGUAACAUCCCCAUGAGUAUAGAUGAAAUUCGAAACCUGGAAAUACUAGACAUCACUUAUAACUUUUUGACAGGGAGUGUCCCAGCCUCUCUUUACAACAUGUCAGCACUCACAUACCUUGGCAUGGCUACAAAUAAUCUUGUAGGGGAGCUUCCAUACAACAUCGGAUACACUCUUCCAAGCAUCCAAACUUUGAUUAUGCAAGGAAACCAGUUCCAAGGCCAAAUCCCCACUUCACUGGCAAACACAACCAAUCUCCAGGUGAUCAACCUCCGCAAUAAUGCAUUCUGUGGCAGCAUUCCAUCUUUUGGGACUUUACCCAGCCUAGUUGAUCUGAAUCUAGGCAAGAAUCAACUUGAAGCGGGAGACUGGUCUUUCCUAUCCUCGUUGACAAAUUGCACACAACUGGUGAACUUACGCUUGGAUGCAAACACCCUUCAAGGAGUCUUGCCGAGUGCCGUUGCAGGCCUUUCAAAGAGCAUAGAGGUACUGUUACUAAGAUCAAAUAAAAUUUCUGGCACCAUACCACAUGAGAUAGAGCACCUCACAGGCCUCAAGCUUCUUUACAUGGAACGAAAUUUUCUUACCGGGAAUCUUCCUGAAUCACUUGGAAAUCUUCCCAACUUGUUUGUCUUAAGCUUGUCCCAAAACAAUUUUUCCGGACAGAUCCCACUCUCAGUUGGUAAUUUGAGUCAAUUGAGUGAGCUUUAUUUACAAGAAAACAACUUGAGUGGCCCAAUUCCAGGAGCUUUAGGAGACUGCAAAAGUUUGCACGUAUUGAACCUUUCUUGUAACAGCUUCGACGGUAGCAUACCAAAGGAGCUCUUUACUCUUUCCACCCUUUCCGAAGGUUUGGACUUGUCUCACAACCAACUCUCUGGAGAAAUACCAAUGGAGAUUGGCAACUUGAUCAAUCUCGGUCCACUGAAUAUUUCCAAUAACCAACUGUCUGGUCAAAUACCCUCUACUCUGGGUCAGUGCGUCCAAUUGGAGUCGCUCCACAUGGAGGGCAACCUUCUUCAUGGAAGAAUCCCUCAGACUUUCGUGAAUUUGAGAGGCAUCACUGUGAUGGACCUAUCUCAGAACAACUUAACAGGUGAAAUCCCUGAAUUCUUGAAGCUCUUCAAGUCUAUGAAGGUUCUCAAUUUGUCCUUCAACAACCUCGAAGGAUCAGUACCUGCAGAUGGAAUAUUUCAGAAUGGAAGCAAUGUGUUCAUUCAAGGAAACAAGAAGCUAUGUGCCAGCACCCCAUUGCUACAGUUGCCACUUUGCAAUGCAGAGACAUCCAAACAAAGGCACACCUCCAACAUCUUAAAGAUAGUAGGAUUUACUGCUCUUUUUUUGGUCCUGGUAUCAUGCUUCGGAGUAAUUAUUUGGAAAAAGAGAAAGAAAGUCACACAAGCAGCUCAUCCAUCCUUUGAAGAGUUACCGAAGUUUACAUAUGCUGAUUUAUUGAAAGGAACAAAUGGUUUCUCUUUAGCCAACUUGGUUGGUUCAGGAAAAUAUGGGUCCGUGUACAAAGGUAGAAUUGAGUCCGAAGUACAUGAAGUUGCUAUCAAAGUUUUCAAACUUGAUCAACUUGGAGCAACAAAGAGCUUCCUCGAUGAGUGUGAGGCCCUGAGAAACACUCGUCAUCGUAAUCUUGUACGGGUGAUCACUGUAUGCUCAACAAGUGAUCCAACAGGAAAUGAGUUCAAAGCUCUUGUUCUUGAAUAUAAGGUAAAUGGCGACCUCGAAAGUUGGCUCUAUCCAACAAUCCACGAGCAUCACCUGAGAAGGCCAUUGAGUUUAUAUUCAAGAAUAGCAAUAGCAGUGGACAUAGCGACUGCUUUGGAUUACCUUCAUAACAACUGCAUGCCUCCUAUGGUCCAUUGUGAUCUGAAGCCCAGCAAUGUCCUUCUAAAUGAUGUCAUGGGUGCAUGUGUUGGUGACUUCGGAUUGGCUAAGUUCCUACACAAUUAUUCUUAUUCGAGCAUUGGUGGUUCUACAAGCUUAGUGGGACCAAGAGGAUCAGUUGGAUACAUUGCACCAGAAUAUGGCUUUGGGAGCAAAAUCUCCACUGAGGGUGAUGUCUACAGUUUUGGAGUCAUCAUCUUAGAAAUGCUCACAGGAAAGCGUCCAACUGAUGAGAUAUUUAAAGAUGGUCUGAGCCUUUACAAAUUUGUCGAAAAAUCAUCUCCAGAAAAGAUUGGCGAGAUUCUAGAUCCUGGAAUCACUCCGUAUUACGGGGACCAAGAUGAAGAGGCAGGAGGUACUUUAGACCAAGAAAACCAUCAUCAAAUGGCUGGAAUAAUGAGGUGCAUCAUCGAGCUCGUUAAGAUUGGCCUCCUGUGCGCCGCCGAGGUACCUAAAGAUCGUCCUGCAAUGCAGGACGUUUACAUUGAGGUCAUCGCAAUCAAAGAAGCAUUCUCAGCACUGCAGGGCUGA